GUAGUCGCCCCCUUGGUUACCAGUACACCGAAGGGCUCGGUAGGUACCAGGUGACCGGCGUUGGCGCGGCCCUAUACUUCGAGCCCUUCGACGAUGGUCGAUCCGUACCGACUUGACGCCGAGAUUGGGAGAUACACGAAGGAGGAAAAAGCAAAUAUUCUGAGGGUCUUACACAGGGACGAACUUAUAAGGACUAAACAUCAACUGAAAAUAAUGAGGCUCAAAGGUGAGCUACAAUCACUUCGGAGGAAAGGGGCUCUCUGCGCCUCUUCGCUCGGCCCUCCUGUGAAUAACACGAGUUCAAUUUCAAGAUGUUGCAUGAGAUGCAGAGAUGAACUUGGAAGGAUCAUAAACAGAGGUGCCUGCUGCCCUUCGUGUGGACAGAGGGUAUGUAAAUCGUGUAGGCAGUACGGAAACAGCCCUACCCAGUGGCUGUGCACAGUUUGUCAUAAACAAAUGGAACUCAAAACUACCGCUGGUGAAUGGAUGAAUGAAUUCGUUGACAAAAAAGAUGGAAUAAGUGCAACAGAAACUGUCAAAAGGAGCAUUCAACGAUCAUGGACUUUUUCUGAUGUUUCUCCAUCGCCUUGGGCAUUCUUGAGAGGAUCCCCUGAAAUGCGGGCUUAUUCAAGUAUGCCAAGGCAUCAAGACGUUGAGUACUAUCACAGACCUGCUCAACCUGUAUUUCCUGUCAGAUCUGAAGGGACCAAAUCGACUACGACUGUCGAUCCAGAUUCAGAUGAGACGUCGGAGUUGCAGUCGGAGAGGUCGUGUUCCAUAGAAGAAAAACCAACAGAACCUGCACAGACUGAUACUGUUGACAAUGUGAAGGAAGUUGUAGAACCGUUGACGGGAACCAUUUUCAGAAAAGUUACACUGAAGGUUGACACAAAAAAAUUACCACCAGGAGUGACACCGCCAAGGAGCAGACGCCGUCUUCUCAAUCCUGACUUGAAGCAGGAAGAGUUAGGAGGCGAGGCGAGUUUCAACGAGAAAUUUUUAGAUUCCGACGAUUACAAGCUGGUUUUUUUAUCGAGUUCUGAAUCUUCUUCGAGGGAGGAACUCCAUUCGGACGAUUGUUCUUCGACAACGUCUGGAGGUCUGUUGGACUGGGAUUACUUCGAGUGCUGGGGGGGUCAGAAAAAGCAUAUGGAGGGGGCAGAGUCAGAAUCGGCCCAUCGGGUUUUCUCCAGUGCCUCUCCGGCUCCGGUUCAGUGCAUACGCGUUCCGGUUCCUUUCCCUUUCCCUGUCCCCGUACCCGUGUUUCUCCCGUUCCCUGUUGCCGUUCCGACUCCGCCUGAGUCUGAAAUGACAACGAGCCGGAGCAGCUCUCUCCCUCAGAGUGAAGUCUUGCCAAGGGACGAAGUCCUCUCCAACAAUUCCACCUCUCCUCUGGUCGACCGCGAAGGUAGUGACGGUGCCGGUGAAUGUGAUAGUGUGGUGUUGACGGUGUACAAAAAUUUGGAUACGAACGAUGUUCCCAGGCCGAUAGGCAGUCCCGAGACCAUCCUCAGACUCGCCGAAGCCAAGCUCAAAGAUUUUACUGAAAUCGGCGACGACAGUUCAGUGUCGUCGAUCUCUUCAGACGAAGAUGCUGACAACAGGGUUCCGUCCACGAGGAUUUACAAAUUGAAUCAUUCUUCCGAAGAAUCUUCUGGAGAAUUCAGUUUAGCUGCCACUCCUCCGGCGUCUUCGGACUCUUCGGAUUCCUCGGAUGACGACGAUUCGAUUAGCGGGAAGUUCUCCAGAACCCUCGUCAUUCAAGACUCGUCGGGCGACGAACCCGAUCCUUCGGAUGUAGACCCCAUCGCGCCUAACCCGGAAACAGAGGGCGAUAAGGAUUUGCCCGAAACAGAUAAGGAACCUUCAAGGCAGGUGAUACCGGAUAUUAAAGUAGAAAAAGAAGACGCCGCCAUGGAGAACGAAUCGAACGAAGAAUUCGGUCGCAAGAACACAAUAGACAGCAUUAUUACAUUUUCACCCGAAGAGGUUUAUCAAAUUGUCCGUGAAUUUUUAGACGAAGAAAGAAAAUAUUACAAGGAAGACGUCGUGUCGAAACCGGCAAAGAACGUCGAAACAGAAGUUGAUUCCGUCUUACCAGAAACUAGGAGUAAUACUUCAGACGAGUUCUCAGGGACGGAAAGUAUGGAGAUGCCUUUAGAAGAUUCGCUCGAGUGCGGCCAGGAAGGGGGGUCGAAGAAGGCAGGGGGAGAAAGCGGACGUUAUACCAGUCUAGUAAUGAUCACCCAAGAGCAAGGAGGUCCGACGAGGCCAGAAGAGGAUUCUAAAGUUACGGUCGUCACCGGGGCCAAUACUUUGUCGGCGGUCAUUUGCCUCGAGGAGGGCCUAGCCGACGACGACUCGUGGGUCGAGGAUCUGGACCGGGAAGAAAAUCUCACGACUACCGAAGAAUCUUCCGAAGAGGAAAGUUAUCAAGAGAGAGAGGAAGACACGAGAGGUUACCAAAGAUGUGCCAUCGACUUCACCCUUCACACAAUAGCGGAAGAGAGUUGCGAAGAGAGCGAAGUGGAAGCCAACAAACCAACCGAACUCGAAAAAUACUUUUUUUACGGACUUGGCGACAACGGCGGAAAUAAUGAAGAUAGAGGAGAUACUAUGUCAGAAACGAGUUCCAUUUACAGCGAAGGAGUGGAAUCAAACGUGGGUAACGAAGAGCCUUCUUCCGAGGUUGAUCCUGCGGAAUUGGCAUCGUCCCGUCUCGAAAAAUAUUUUCUGAGUGGUUUCAUGGGAUUCAGCAGAAGAGAUUCAGACGGUAGUGUCGGUAGUGAUAGUGAAGGGCGACCCAGUCCCGAACAACGUAGGAAGCGGUUAGUGAGGGCCAGAGGCACAGGUCGGCAACAUUCAAACUCUCUGGACAAUCUUGUCGAGUCUGCAGAAGCGGAGGUCCAGAUCGAAGGCUGCUCGGGUUCAAGCACAGAAACGGAUUCCCACGAUGAACAGAGCAAUUCUUUUGAUAAAGUCGAUGGACAGUUUGAUACCGUAAAAAGGACGAAGAAAAAGAAACGUUCGGUAUCGUCGGCCCAGGCUGAUCUCGUUGACAUUACAGAGUCCGGUAGUAAAGAAGAUCUAACCGACGACGGAAAAGUGACACCUCAACCCGAAUCACAGCCCUCAGAUCUCGCUAAUUCGAGAAACAAACAGCCUAGUAGGGAUUCAGGAUUUGUCGGAAGCUGUGACGACUUACUCAAGGAAACAUCUGAACCACAAAAGUCAUCCGAAGAAGUGACCACUCCAUCGAAUGGUAAAACUAUAUUUUCCGAGGUGUCCCACGCUUCUCCGCCGUCGACUGUGUUGAUGAGGAAGGACAGUUUCAACAAUUGGUCCUCCGACGAAGAGACGAAUCUCAUGAUGUCCAAAAUGAGGGCAUUUUUCAAAACUAUGGUCGGAAACCAACCAAAAGGCACUAGCCACGAUGUCAAACUCAAAGUUAAACCUCCCCAGCUCGUUUAUUUCGAGUCCGAAUUGACAAGGUUAAUGAAAACGGUUCCAGGCUUGAAAGACGAACAAGUGAAAGAAAUAGUGGAGUACUUGAGCAGCGAAGAUACCUGGAGCGACUCCUACGAUUCUUCGGAUUAUACGAGCUCCGAUCUAGAAAAUAGUAACAAGAGAUCCGCUUUGCAAGAAGAGAUCUCAGCCAGUUGUCGUCAGAUAAUCAGCAAUUUUGAAACCAGCAACGAAGAAUUCGAUCUUCCAGAGGCCGGCAAAGAUUCCGCGAUGGUGUACCAGAGAUUAGUGGCCUCUUUCAACAAAAUGGAAGUUCCGAAGAAAGAUUCGGGGAACCAGAAUUCUCCAGUCCUAAUCGAAAAAGUGAUGCAGCAUAUUGGGAGCCGGUUGUGGGCCUUGAUGCACGAGGUAUCCGGAGGCGAAGGUUCGAGUCCUAGGAUAGGCAGAUACCACAAACGUCUGUCGGCUAAAUUAUCCGCUUCCACGACCGAAGAGGAAGAAGAUUCCGUGGAAGACUACAGUCCACUCCCUAGGUCGAAAUCCCACGAUCCUCUUCUGGAGGAGAACCGGCAAGAAGCGAGCGACAACGAAAGGUUCUCCUGGAGAGGAAGUUUCGAAAGCGCCUUGAUGGCAUCCGACUCGAGAACGAGACUCGCCUCUGGUGGCGAAAGCUCGGUUUCCGCGUCCGCCCUCGCUUUAGCCGCCAAGCGCCGGUCUGCUGGAGACCUCAUGUUCAAAAGUUACUCCAGGGAACAGCUCGACAGGGUCAGAAGCUGCGGUUCGAUCGGAGGCUCAGUCGAGGACAGGAUCUGGUCCAGGGGUGACAAAAGGAGAAGGAGCUCCGUUCCGGACUCACCGGGAGGGUCAGCUGGCGAUGACGACUCGGACGAAGACGAACCAGGAACAAGGGCCACACUUCCAAGGAGCCUUCAGGUCUCUUGUACCUCGGCCACCAACUCCCUGCCUCGCUUGCCCACCAGUCCGACAUCAGCAGCUACGCCCAUCUACAAAUCCCACAGUGUACAUCAGUUCAGUGUUAAAUCCGCGAGAUACCGUCCACCAGGUUACAGAAGCAGCCCUGUCGCACCUCCUCCGAGACGAGACCGAAGAAGAAAUAUACCAUCGUGUUCCAAUAACGGUUGCGAUGACUUGAGUAUUUGCUCAGAGCCAGUCAGCAGCAAGGGGACAGAUGAAGAAGUCGAUAGGCUACUUAGUCAAAGGGCAUCUCUUGGUGCCCGAAGUGAUUCUCUUGCUAGUGUAUACUCCGGUGCGGGUGAAGGAAGGCACGGUGGUGUAGCUGUACGAGGAGAAGUUCAGUUUGCUCUGCAGUACAACUACAAACAGUCUUGCCUUGAAAUACAUGUUAAACAAUGUAAGGACCUAGCACCAGUCGAUGUCAAGAGAAAUCGUUCUGACCCGUACGUUAAGGUCUACUUGCUUCCAGACAAGUCUAAAUCUGGUAAACGAAAAACCCGUGUUAAAAAACACACCCUUAACCCCAUAUUCGAUGAAGUCCUUAGGUUCCAGAUAAGUUUAGAUGAAUUAGAACAUAGAACAUUAUGGCUUUCUGUUUGGCAUUCAGACAUGUUUGGCAGAAAUGACUUCUUAGGGGAAGUUCUAAUGUUAUUGGAGAAAAAAGUCUUCGACAACCCACAUCCUGACACAUACCAGUUACAAGAAAGAUCUGAACCUUUGGAGGAACUUAAUUCCAAAGGAGAGCUGAUCGUUGGUUUGAAGUAUGAAACCCCUGACAGCAAUAAUUCUUCUAAAAAGAAGCCUUCAAAGGGAUGCCUUUAUGUUCUUGUCAAAGAAGCCAAAAACCUGCCACCAGUCAAAACGAAUGGUUCCUCUGAUCCAUUUUGUAAAAGCUAUCUGUUACCAGAUAAAGGACGAGGAUCAAAACAGAAGGCACCCGUUAUGCGUAAGACUUGCAAUCCUGUCUGGAACCACACGUUUGUCUACAACAAUGUCUCAUUGGAUGAGCUCGCCGAUAGGAGCCUUGAACUGACAAUCUGGGAUCAUGACAGGCUAGCCAGCAAUGAGUUCCUCGGCGGGGUCCGACUCAAUGGAGGCACUGGUACCCAUAAUGAGAAAAAUGUUGACUGGAUGGACUCCAGCGGCAACGAGAUCUCCCUUUGGCAGAGAAUGUUAGAAAAGCCAAAUUUCUGGGUUGAAAGCUGUCUUCCCCUCCGUCCUUCCCUUGACCUUAGGUCUAAUGUUUAAUUGUGAUACCUUUUUUUUAAAUAAUUAUAAUUUUGAAACUUGACCCCCUCAUACAAAAAAAUUUACACAAAAGUAUCUGUUUCACAUAAGUUUAGUUCCUAUUCUAUACCCUUCAUUAAAUUUUUACCCUGCAUUACAAAUUUUUUAACAAUA